CAAUUGUCAAAUCAGUAUCAGUAGUUUCAUUCUAGAAAAAUAAUACUUCAGUUAACAAAAAUGAAAUUCUUCGCCGCCGUAUUGUUUGCCGCUGUUGCCUUGGCUGCCGCCGAUGUCAGCCACUUGGACAGAUCUUACUUGCCACCCCAUGGUGCUGCCAGCAGCACUCAUCAACAUUACGAAUCGGCUCCUGCCAGCUUCGGCUCCAACACUGGUUCUUUCAAAUCUGGUUCCAGCUACUCUGCCCCUGUAGCUUCAUCCACUUUCACUACCAGCCAAUACUCCGCCCCUGAUACCUCUGCCAGCUUCAGCAGCCGCAGUGACAUCUCAUCCGAUUCCGGCUCUUUCAAUGCUGGCUCCAGCUACUCUGCUCCUGAAGCCGCUGCUUCUUUCACCUCUUCCAAGACUACUGAAUACCAAGCUCCCGCUACCAGCUCCUUCAACGCUGGCUCCAGCUACUCCGCUCCUGAAGCCGCUGCUUCAUUCACUUCUUCCAAGACUACUGAAUACCAAGCUCCCGCUACCAGCUCCUUCAACGCUGGCUCCAGCUACUCUGCUCCUGAAGCCGCAGCUUCUUUCACCUCUUCCAAGACUACUGAAUACCAAGCACCCGCUACCAGCUCUUUCAACUCUGGCUCCAGCUACUCUGCUCCUGAAGCCGCUGCUUCUUUCUCUACCUUCAAGACUGCUGAAUACAAAGCACCUGCUAGCUCUUUCCAAUCUGGCUCCACCUACAAAUCUGAGUCCAGCUACUCUGCCCCUGAAGCUGCAUCCACCUUCACCACCACCCAAUACUCUGCUCCUGACAACUCUGCCAGUUUCAGCAGCCGCGGUUCAUUCUCUUCCGAUUCCGGCUCCAGCUUCUCUGCUCCCGUAGGUGCUGCUUCCUUCGUUGCCCCCGAAACUACUAGCUUCUCUGCUGGUUCCAGCUACUCUGCCCCUGAGGCUGCCGCUUCUUACUCGGCUCCCUCUUACUCCACCUCCUUCACCGAUUCCAGCUUCUCUGCUCCACAAGCUGCUGCCUCUGGUGUUGAGACCCAAUACGCUGCUGACGGUGGUUAUGUAUACUAAACUUGAAAAUGAAAGACAUUUUCAAAUGUUAACUGAAAACUGAAAACCAAAAACUCUGAUAAUAAAACAAAUUCUAGACAAUAUUAAAUAAAUAAUUUUUCUUUUUUUUAUUAUUAUUUCUUAGCUGUUAUUAUUCUCCUGCGAUUCAUUGGCUUUAGCUAAAUACAAAAUAUUA